GAACCGUGCUGUUCUUGUAUUCAGAAUUGAUGAUGGAUUUUACCACUGGGAAGACAUGGAUUGAAUUAAAUCAACUGAUCGAUGAGUAUUUCGAUCCUCUCGAUACGCACAUGCAAGACAUUAAAGAAAGCAAACUUGGGAUACUUUUCUGCGAUUUGAGCGAUUUACUAUCUGGUGGAGAUAUGCUUUGGAGUGGAAGUAUGCCAGAAAAAACAUUUGUACACCCUGCACUCCGUAACGGCUUCGAGAUAGACAUCCUCACAUCGGUUGCACACAUCCCCCACGACAUUGUAAUACACUCGUUAGAGGACGUCCUCGAUGAACCAGGUUACUGCAGACUUCUUUAUAACGACGUUAUCACCGGCUUACUUGAUGAUGCUCCGUUAGAAGUAKAGGAAAUCAACCACAAUUACCACUCUACUCUGUACAUUGUUCCAACCAAUUCAAAGUUCUUUGAAAAUUCUGGAGAACAAUUAUCUUUCAGUCCUUUAAAAUCCAUAACAAACAGCAAGAAUACCCUAGUUCAGAGUCUUAUCGACACAAUUCAUGAACUUUUUGGAUCUAUGCAGGUUAGCCCUCAUGGACCGGCAAUGGAACAUCAAGCAUUUGUUGGUAUGGACUACCAUAAAAAGAUGCUUCAAAAUCCAAAGAAACUGCUAUACAAAUUCUUCGAAAAUCUUAGCGAAAACCUGAACGGUACAGAAAAAAACGGACAUGAGCAGGUGCAAUAUGAUAACAAAGACAAGACCUCAAGCGAAUCGGUUGGGCACAAUUGUGAUCACAAGACUGAACUGUGGCAGUCAAAACAAUCUUUACCUUUCAGAUUUUGUAGCUUAGACGUCUGCCCGUCGAUACGAUGUAGUGGAUGGCCGAUUAAAGCGGAAGCCUUCUUCUCUCGAACAAGAAAAUGGCCAGACGAAGCCUUACUGCACCAAAUAAAGAAAGAGGGUUUUCACCUUGUUUACAAGCCACUUGAACUUCAUUCAAGCAAGUCUGUAGAAUGGCGAUUCUCUUUUUCAAAGGCAGAAUACAUCUUGAUGAAAAAUAUGGACGCUUUCAAAAUCAAAUGCUAUCGCAUUUUGAAAACCAUUUAUUACUCUGAGCUUACGAUGCCAAACAUUUUGUGUUCGUAUCACUUAAAGAACAUCUUUCUAUGGGCCUGUGAGAGAAUUCCAUCGGAGUUUUGGGUUGAUCUCAACUUGUCACAGAUUAUCAUGGGAUUGCUCGAUGAUCUGCUCGAUUGCCUGGCAACGAAGACAUGUCGUCACUUCUUUAUUCCUGAAAACAAUCUCAGAACGUUAGUGGAAAAAGAGGUAAGCUAUCGAAGUGAUGAGUGA